GUUGUUAGCCCCACUUUACUACAAUGUAAUCGCAUAGUUACGAAAGUGAAUUGGUCGAGAAUUACGUCAGGAACUGAAGUUUACAUUCAAAUCUUUGUCCGAUUGCAUCUGAAUUAUACUAAACUUUUGCUAUGUGGAUAUAAUCCUAGGCAAUCGUAUUUAGGUUGUGCUGUCUUUGUAAAACGUUGACCUCAGUCAGACAGAGAAAACUCACGCUACAUUAGCACACCCACCGCCCAUCCAAAGCGCCGCUUUUCGCAUGACCGAGUUCAUUUGAAUCUGGUGAGGUGGGAGUGGAGGUCUUCCGCCCGUCCUCUGCGCUGUGAGCUGCUAUUUGUUCCGCUGCCUCCGAACAACACGGUCGAUUCCCGUUAGACACCGGCUGUAUGGACCGAAGAACAUUGUUCUACGACUGCAUUCGGAGCUACUACCAACAUUUAUCUAUUCAGUUUGUGAGUAGGUAGCUAAUAUAACAACGACCAAUUUUUAUUUGUCUAAGUAAGGUUAGCUGUAACGUUAGUGUAGGAAGCUAAGAAAGUGAGAAGUAGUAGCCUAAAUAAAGCCUAAGAGAACACAAUCUAUAGUAUUAUCGUUAGUGUUACUUGAUAGCUAAUUAAUUCCACAUUUGCCAAAUUAGUUUGAGUUAACUGGACGGCAGGCAUCAUGACUAGGAGAUCAUGUGCAAUUUACGCUACUGGGAUUGUCUGCGCCCAUCUACUGAUAGUGGGGAUCGCUUUGGUCGUGGCACAAGUCUUCCAAACAAUGAUUCACAACCGGCUAAAAAAGGAAUUUACUUUGACCGAGGCGAGUAAAGUGUUUGAAUCAUGGAAGAACCCACCUACUGCUGUCUACAUGGAGUAUUACUUCUUUAACGUCACCAACCCUCACGUGUUCUUAGCAGGGGGCAAGGCAGUGGUUGCCCAGAUUGGGCCUUACACUUACAGGGAAUACAGACCCAGGGAAAAUGUGACCUUUCUAGAAAAUGGAACCAAGGUUUAUGCCCUGAACCCCAAAAGCUUCGUCUUCGUCCCAGAGAAGUCCAGUGGAGAUCCAGAGGUCGACAUUCUGACUACUGUCAACAUUCCAGCUGUGGCGGUGAUGAGUGAGCUGAACUCCUACUCUUUUCUUCUGCGUUCCUUCGUCUCCAUGUGGAUGAACUCCAUCGGCGUGGAAAUCUUCAUGAAUCGCACUGUCCAGGAAGUGCUGUGGGGCUUCAAAGACCCGCUGCUCUCCAAAAUCCAUGCCAUGAAGCCAGAUGUGGAUGAUUAUUUUGGAUUAAUGUGGAAGAAAAAUGGAACUCACGAAGGAGAGUUUGUGUUCAAGACUGGCGAACAGGACUACAUGGAGUAUGGCAGAAUAGAAACAUGGAAUAAGCUAACGGAAAUGUCUUGGUGGUCCUCUAACCAAAGCAACAUGAUCAAUGGGACCGAUGGCAGUGUGUUUCACCCUUUGUUGUCCAGGAAAGAGCUGCUGUACAUCUUUGCUGCUGACCUCUGCAGGUCUAUCCACCUUGGUUAUGUGGAGGAUGUGGAAGUGAAGGGGAUCCCAGCCUACCGCUUCGCCCCUCCACACGAUGUUCUCCAGAGUCCUCAGGAGAACCCCACUAACGCCGGCUUCUGUGUGCCAGCUGGAGACUGCCUUGGCACCGGCGUGCUAAAAGUCAGUGUUUGUCGAGAAGGUGCACCUAUCGUGGUGUCAUUCCCCCAUUUCUAUCAGGCAGAUGAGAAGUACAUUAAUGCUGUGGAAGGACUGAGCCCCAACAAGGAGGAGCAUGAGACUUACCUUGACCUUAACCCGACCACUGGAAUCCCCAUUCGUGCCUGCAAGAGAGCCCAGCUGAAUAUCAUUCUUAACCGGGUUUCAGGCUUUCCCAAAACCAAACAUCUGAACGAGACCAUUUUCCCAAUCAUGUUUGUCAAUGAGACCGCCACGAUCGACGAUGAUUCCGCUGCCCAGAUGAGGACCCUGUUGCUCAUCGUCACCCUUGUGUCCAACUUCCCUCUGCUCAUCGUGGGCAUGGGCGCCAUCCUACUGGUAGUCCUGGUCAUCCUAGUGUGCCGGUCCCGCCAGAAGAAGAAUGAAGUAAAACGUAUUGAUUUUACUGAAGCUUUUCAUUCUUUUACUACGGCGAAGGAUGAAACCGCCUAUACUCAAGUCAGCGACAAACCCGAGGUCGAGCCGUCAGAAAGCAGCCACACAAACCAGCCAAUGAGGAACGGUUCCUACAUCGCCAUGUCUCCCGUGGAGGCCCAGAAGUGUUGAUGGAGGCCGCGUGGGGUGGAGGGGGAGGCGGAGCAGCCUGGGUGUGGUGUUAGAACUGAGGCAGGGUUGUGCUGUGUGCCCGGGGGUUUUCACUUCUGGGGAACGGCCCCAAUAACUGUCAGUCAAUCAAGAUGUUGCUCCUCUUCUUCUGAAUGAUCCACUUAUCUGUCCUCUCCUGCUGAGCAUGGCCUUUCCUCAGGCAGUGGUGCAAAACCGCAACACCGGUCUACAGCUACUGCCUACCACCACUACUACUACUACUACUACUACAAUUACUACUAUUACUACUACUACUGUCGUCUCAGUUCUGUCCUGCUCAGCUCUGGGUUCAUGAGGGAUUACUGAUUUUUUCAGCCAGGAGUAUUUUCUGCUUUUCUUUUAGGGAAUAUGAAGCAUAAUUGGCACGAUGUUCACUGAUCAACAACUACUGAGCAGCCACUAUCAGCCUUUUACCGAGCUCAGAGAGCUUUGACUGAUGCGUUUUCACCUGAACAAUGAAGACCAGAGGGUCCCAUUACAUUUCUUUGUAUCAGUGUUUGUGAGGUCACUCGCAGAACAAGCGAACAGAUUUGAACUGUUGCUCCUGAAGUUAAAUUGUAUUACUGGUAUUUCUCGUUCCAUCCCUGCAGCUGAGUUUUCACUGAUUCUGGAUUAUGUGGUUUCGCUCAAAAAUAGUGUACUUACCAUUGUUGUUUUAUGGAGAGAAUACAAAAAGAUAGUUAAAGAGAUACUGAGCCAAACUAUAGUAUAUUUUGGGUUUUCUAGAUAAAACCUGUUAUCAAACUGUGUGUGCGCACGUGUAUGUGCGUGCACGCGCGUGUCCACGGCUGUGUCUUUGUUUGAUUGGAGGGUGGGUGUCUUCGCUUGUUCCAGGCAAGGUGUAGUACAAGGCUGUUAAUGUCAGGCCUUGGAGAGACUAAGUAAUUCUUGUUUUAAUUUCUACCUUGGAGGUUAUUGCACUCCCUUGCUUUACCAGAUCUGAAUAAGAGGAUGUUUUUGUCCUCCAUGUCUGGCACCUGGCAGCCUUGGUAUAGUAUGACUGAAAUAAUACAUUUCUCCUAACAUUACUUUAACAUUUCUGUAAACAUUGAAUACAUUUCAGUCUAUAGAAGAUGGAAGGUGGAAGUGGUUUUCCCCCAUGGUGGUGAGUCAGGGAUUGUGAUCAAUAGAUCAAGUAGAUAUGCCAUAAGCUUUUAUCUAAUAUUCAAAAUGGAAGAGAGAAAAAAAACACACCCACACAACUUACAAGGGAGACUUGAACCUACUUUCUGCCUUACAAUUUGUUUUUGGUGUUUCCUCAUGUUAAAAUGGUAAAAAAAAAAAAAAGAAGCUGUAUAUCUAAGUAGUUGUAUAUAUGUAAUGAAGAAAUGUCAGGCUACCUCUGACCCAAUCCAGCAAGUAGUAAAAGAUGUGCCGAAACACUUAUUUUUGGACAACAGUGUUGACCCACUUUACGUGUCUGCACUUGUACUUAGUGAAAGCACAAUUUGGAUUGCUAGUACAGUCCUCAUAAGGUGACCAGGUUUUUCCACAUAUGCCUGUACCCUGUUAGGAACACCAACAGGUUCUCUGUUUAAAACAAAAAGGUGCAUUAUAGGAUAAACAGUUGAACAAUGCGCACUUAUUCUGCUGUGCUUGCCAUGUCAAACAGUCAACUGACUAGCCAAGGAGCUGUAGGUUUUCAGAGAAAUAUGGAAUCACUGUCUUAUGUUUUAAUGUGUAAUGUUUAUGUUCCUGUCACUGGUCUGUAUUGUCAAACCUUUCAGCAGUUGCUUCUGGAAAAAACUGAACUAAGGCCAUAAUACUGUAGACAUGAAGAUGUUAUUCCUGCACUUUCCAAAAAAGAAAAAAAAAUGUGCCCUGUUUUUCUUUUUUCGGUAAGGUUAUUUAAAAUGCAAUGGUCCUUCUGUGCAUUUCAGUGGUUCGCCACAGGGUUGCUUUUCUGUGGUUUCUAAGGUAUUAUUGUACACUUGGCCUUUGUUACUUUUCAGUACAUUGAUUUUAGUUUGUCUUUUUAUCUAUUAUUGCUGCUAAUAAUUGCCAUAACCUAUGGACUUGUAUUUUUCUAUGGAUUUAACAUCCAUGCUCAUAUUCUCUUUAGGGGUUGGUACAACAGAAACUGGUAUAAUCUCUUCUAAAUUGCUACGUCUGGUCUCUGUGAAGCAACUCCUAUAAAUAUUGUAGAAUAUUUGAGCAGGAUACAAUGCCCAAAGCUUGCUGCCAUUUACUGGAAUUAGCAGAUAACUAUAGAUAGCAACACUGUAUCAAAUGUUUCAAAAACGCUUAUCUAAUGAUGACUUGAUCUCAGUUGUCAUAGUGGCCCUAAAGUGUCUGAAGAAUGGUCCAUAUUGAGAUGAUUUAGAAAUGUGUUUCUGUGGGUCAUCACAGAUGGGGUUGGUAAAAUGGGAGUGGAGUUCAAGAUGGAUUCCCUAGUUAACAAAUGGAGAGCUUUCAUACCUUAGUUUGGUUGUUCCAUUAAGGACGUCUGUCAGACAUGUAUUUUUUUGGGGGGGGGAUAGGUCUACUUGGAUCAUGGUUCUAGUUUUUAUCAAGAACCAGUUCUCAGUAGGCCUUUUUUCGGCUCAACCUAAAUACAGGCAAUCAUGGCUUUGUGCAAGCAUUGCUGUACUUGUAUAAUCAUCAGUCUCAUACCAUCCUUAUUGACUUGAAUCUAUUACCCUAAACCGGAGAGCCAUGUGUGUCCUGUGUGCAUAACACUGUGUACUGAGCCAACACUCACACUGUCUGACUGAUUAGUCCCUCUCACCUUUGUACCCAAUUAUUUAAGUCCAUUCACUCCCCUGUGCUUGACCAAAGAUAACCUACAUAGAUCUGUUCCAGCUGGUGUUUACCGUGCUCAAAGAUAACGGUUGAGUCACCACUGUCCUUCUCCAAUAUGGCUGUGUCGGCAUCAUAUACACCUUGGACUGUGCACUGCGUUUGACCUGGGCCCCCAGGGGACUGUGCACUGCGUUUGACCUGGGCCCCCAGGGGACUGUGCACUGCGUUUGACCUGGGCCACCAGGAAAUUGUGCACUGCGUUUGACCUGGGCCCCCAGGAAACUGUGCACUGCGUUUGACCUGGGCCCCCAGGAAACUGUGCAUUAUGCAUAGGUAGGAGGGUGCUGUUGGAUGUGCUGUCUGCAGAAGUGCCGUGAUCCACAUUCAGUGUAUUUUAAAACCUUAUUUGAGUUGUGUAUUUCUCCCAACAAGGCAAAACAUUCUUUAGUUGUUUUUUUUUUUUUUUUUUGGCAAAUCGGUAAAUAUUGAAAUCGAGAGAAUUGGGUGAUCUCAAUAUAUAUUUUUUUUUAUGCACGAAAGCGAGAACUUUAAAGGGUUAAUGUGUGUCUGUGUGUGUGUGUGUGUGUGUGUGUGUGUGUGAGUGUGUGUGUGUGUGUAUGUAUGUAUGUAAGAAAACCAACCAUGUGUUGCUAUGUCAAUACAUAAUACUAUGUAAAAAUAAAUUUUUAUAAAUGUUUUGUAAUCGGACACAAUAUUUAUGUAUCCAUGUUCAACGUUUUUUUUGUUUUAUGAAUUUGUAUUUUGGCCCUGUUUCUUUUCUAUCUUAAGUGCAGUUCAGUAAUAAUUUUGUAAUAUUCAACUAGGGUCAUUAAGCACAUUUUUAGUUUAUCAUUUCAUUCUUUUCAUCUCAUAAACCCAAAUCUUAUGUCAUGAAGUAUCAGAGCCCCAGGUGUUCUGGGAAUUCCUUGAUGGUUGUCAAUGGUUAAUGUAAGGGAUGAGAUGUUUAUGUCAAAAUGCUUUUGAAAAAGCCAAUGCUCGGGUUUGUCAAAUGGCAGUGAUUAAUUGGAAGGCUGACUAUCUGUAUACAUGUGCAGGAAGAUUACUUCAGAGCCAGCACAGGCAUAAGGAAUGUGUUCAUGCAAUAUAACACAUAGAUGAAUGAAGCCCUCCUUCAAGGAAGAACGCUAGUGUCAUCCUUUAUUUAAUUACUUGGCUUUCAAGUUACAAAUGUGUUUAGGCAGUGUACUGACUUUUUUUUUUUUCUUUUCUUUUUUUUUCCUUUUACAUUUCAUUGCUUAAGUCCCAUAGUAGCCAACUAACAGAAAUUUCAUGUUUCGUCUCAGAAACACAUUUGUUUGCUGCUGAAAAUGACAAUCUGUCAUGUUGGGUGCAAAACAACUUUCAAAAGUAAUACUCAUUAGUUUUUUUAUUUACACUGCACAAAUGUUUAUACAAUGCUUUUGUAAACAUUUCUAGUGUAUUUGCAAAAAAAAAUAAAGUUGCAAUGAAUGCAAAGAAUAUA